AUGACAAAAAAGAUGAAAAGAACUUGUGAGAAAGAAGAAGAAUCAGCUUUUGGCAUAUGGGAUUGUGGGAGUCCAUUAUAUGAUUCUUAUGAAUUGGCGUCACUCUCUCAUAUGAUAGAAAGACACAUGAUGGCUUUACCGUAUCUUGAAGGGUCAAAGCAGAUGAACACAGAGUUCCUUGAUGUGCAAAACUUGAGAUCUUCAGGCAGUCAUGGAGGUUCCUCCCUGGCGAACAGAUUGAGUGGGUUUUUGGUGAGUUGGGUGUGGAAGAGGAAGAGGAAGAAGGAAAAGCAGAGGAAAAUGAGAAGUGGGUUUUCUGGGAUUUGUGACACAAUUGGUUGGUGGAAGAAAUAG